AUGUCUGGCCAACGUUUUGGCGUGCUCCAUAAUAUGAGCCCUCCCCCGUCCCGAACCGAUGCUGUAUCGAUCGGUAGCCUUCCGCGGUUAACCAAAACACGAAACGAUGGAUCGUUCGCUAAGGCCAACUGUUCCGCCGUGGCCACCAUCAGAGAACUGCCCAGCAGCAAGGAAAACCGCUCAUCGCACGGCAACAACGGCGUCAAGUCUGGUCGAGUAACGGCCCGCAUGACUGAAACCUGCGACGGACACAUACCCCGACACAGGGCCCCACUGCCACCCGUGGAUGUCAAGGACGCGGUUUGCGGACACGAAAAAUUUCCAUCCUGUCCGGUCACCACCGCCACGGCGACGACCGUCAAAAGCAAUGGAAUGUCCGUCACCGCGGCCAGAAAGUCCUGGGCGGAAGAGCAGACGGGUAGCAGCGGCAUCAGCAGCAGCAAUAGUUACCCGAAGGAACAACCGCCGCCCAUCGUCCGGCCGUAUCCCAAGAGACUGUCCAACGGGCUGUACACGCAACAAUUGAAGACCGUGAUGGAGCGUUGCGAAAAAGGCAAACCCGAGCUGCUGGACCGGGUGCGGUCGAUGAGAACCAAAAGCGGUGGUGGCGGUUACGUGGAAAGACUGCAGCAGACCGCUGAGAAACAUUUUUGUGUGCCAUUAUCGACGACCGCCUUGUCGGAUCCGACGGACCCGAAGUCUCAGCUCACGCAAGCGCAGCUAGAAAAAUAUUCCAGAGCUUACGACGACUCGCCGCACCGAGAAACAGACGAGUACUCAAGCUGUUUCGACGGUAGCGACAGCGCGUUGUCCAGCCAUCUGACCAAGGAGGAGCUGGAGCAUUACACGCGGAUAUACGAGGAAAAGUCCACGUCCCAGAUCAGCCUGACCGAAAAAACGGUGCCCUCGCACCAACACCAGACCUCGUAUGCGCAGAGCGAAGGGUACCACAGUUACGUGUCCAGCACCGACUCCACGUCAACUCCGUUCCUGGACAGGUUAAGGAGAGAUAGCGAAUCAGCAGUCGUGGUCGUCAAUAGCAAAGACUCGGAGAAACCCUCCUUGACCCAGGGGAGGGACUCGAGCGCCAGCUCCGGUUCGUCCAGUGAAACGCUCAAGUGGCAUGGUUCCAACAGUGACUUGAGCACCGUGUCCAGUGGCGGGCACCACCGAGCAACCACCCAGCUCAUUGCGCACAGCGCCAAGGUGUCGGCGCCGCAGAGACAUCACUCGGAGUCGGUGAUGAGCGUAACCGAUGGAUGGUCGGGCGUUAGCGUCCAGGAGCACAGGGUCGGAAACCAGAGAAAUAUCCGGAAAUUGUUUCCGGUCAGCACGUACACGGUACAACCGGCCAUGGUCGUAGACGAAAAGACUUCACCAAAAUCUCCGCCAGCACUGACAGUGGCUGAACGUAUCAACGAACUGGAAAAGCAGCAACAGCAGCAGCAGCAACAACAACAACAGCUACAGCAAACGCCCAACAAGUUCACGUACUUCGACCCGGAAAAGAAGCACAGAGUGGCGGACCACUCUCUGAGGGCCAUACAGAAAAGGGCCUUAUUGUCGUUUUACGAGAGACACCAGCCCGGGUCGUCAUGGCGGUCUGAGCCUCAGCUGUCGCCACCGCCACCUAGGCCUCCGCCGAUACCCUGUCGUCCACGGUUGCCCACUCCGCUGUCUAGGCGCUCGUCCAUUUCGUCUGAAUACGACUCUCCGGCCACUUGGAACGAUGAUUGUUCGAAAGACGACAGUUCAGCCGAAGAAGCAAGCAACGCCAACCCCAAGGAACUCAGUAAAAACAACCCGCUCAGGAGUUCUAGCUGCGGUUCACUGUCGACAGCGAUUCUUGGGCCCAUGGUACUCGGACCGUCGAUAUCGAUCGAUGAUUGGGUGCCUGAACUGCCACCUAAGAAGAAACAGGUCGCUCGGCAGCAGACGCCCCAAGCGAAACGCGAGCCGAGUCCAGACCUACCGCCCCCACCACCAGUGGUCGAUGAUGACGAGCAAAUGUUCAUAUCGGAUGAACCGCUGCCGCCACCGCCACCGGAGGCCAUCUGGCCAAAACCCGAGUCGCUGAGGAACGACAAGUUCCUGCGCAACGGCAAGGAGAAGAGACUGGAGAGCAGUUUUAGCGCCGUCGAAGACGUGCUCCUCAGCAGAGACUUUAAUGCCAGCUGUGGCGGCGUAUCAGCUGGAUUGUUCAGUAACAACAAUUACCAUAUGCAUGGCCACCAGCACCAGCAUCAGCAUAACGCGAUGAGCGAAAAAUCAAAAUCGCUGUCUUACAUAUACGACAGCCACAAAGCAGUGCCUCAGACACCGGUCAAGUCUUUCGCCAUUGAACUGCAGCAGCCAUCCCUGCUGCCUGCACCACCGCCGCCGCCACCAUUACUGACGACGGAUGAUAAAUCACUGCAGUUUCCGCACAACGGCAUCAAGGAGUUUGGACGUUCAUCGAGCGUCCGUCGGAAUAAACUCACCAUACCCAACAAGGACUACUGCAAGUCUGAGUUCUCGGCCCGGAAGUCCGUGUUCCAGGGUGCCGGUGGUUCGGCGGUGCCCAAACAGCAGGUGGUCAUGUCCACGGUAAAACCACCGGCAUUCAGCGCGACCAUUUCCACGGUCCAGACCAACGUGGUCAAACACCAAAUCUGCACACCACUGAAGAUCGCCAGGGACACGGACAAGAAAACGGCGGCAGCUACCAACAGAUCGCCAUCAGCCGCCAAAAGCCCCGUAGUCGUUGGGCCGCUCAAGUCAUCGGGAGUGUUUCCCCCGUCCCUUGAACCCAGCUGUCCACCGACUCUCUACCAACAGUGA